UGGUGACGUACCCAUGUGUAUGCAAUGUUGUAAUUCCUCAUAUUGUAACAACCAAGGAUGCGGAGUUACAGUCAUACCAUCAACCCAGCGAGGCCCGUACUGUUUCCAAUGCGACGGAAUUGAGGACCCGAACAAUUGUACCCAUGUCGCCAUGUGCAUGCCGCACGAGCACUGUAUGCUGUACUCAAAACCGAAUGUUCUAUCCUCAACUACCCAUCUGUAUACGGGUUUGUGUGACACUACUUCGGCCUGUGAUGCUGUGCGAAACUCUCUAUUGGACACGGAGUGUCCAGUACAAUGCUGUAGUACCGAUUUUUGCAACAACGCAUGUUCUGCAGCAACUGCAACACAAACAGAAAACUUUGUUUGCCCACCUGACCAUCUCUAUGACAACGUGACGUCACUGUGUAUUCGAUUUAUCGAAACCGCGAACCUUACCUAUAACGAGUCGGUUGAAGUAUGCCACAAUAUUGAGGACGAGCUUGUUACGAUUGAUUCUCCUGAAAAAAGACUGUUUGUAGAAUAUGCUAUCGUCCACUAUUCUACUAGACCGGACUACGAAAGGAACUACUGGAUGGGGUUGCGGUCAAUCCUGGUCGGAGGCACUCCAUUGUACCAAUGGCCGUACCAUCUCCCACCCAACUUCACAAACUGGGGUCACAGCGAGCCGGACGGCAAUAACCAAGCAAACUGUGUUUUCAUGAAUGCACAUCACCAAUAUCAGUGGUAUGACACCGGCUGUUCGAAAAAACAAUACUCUAUCUGCGAGCAUCGACCUAAACCAACCCUGAGAAACCUUUAA